GAAGAUGGCGCUGCGGCCGGGAGCCGGCGCGGGGGGCAGCGGCGGGGCGGCGGGCGGCGGCGGAGCGGGGCCUGCCAGCUUCAUGUUUCCAGUGGCAGGUGGUCUAGGUCCCCCUCAAGGGAUGAUUCCCAUGCAGCAGCAAGGAUUUCCAAUGGUCCCUGUCAUGCAGUCCAACAUGCCAGGCAUGAUGGGGAUGAAUUAUGGUUCUCAGAUGCCUCCUGGACCCAUGGCCAUGCAGGGUGGGAUGCCCUUAGGGCCCAUGCCAGGGACUGGGAUGCCUUACAUGGGACAGGCUUCUUUCUUGGGAAUGCGUCCAGCAGCCCCACAGUACACCCCUGACAUGCAGAAGCAGUUUGCAGAGGAACAACAGAAGAGGUUUGAACACCAGCAGAAAUUCUUAGAAGAAGAAAGAAAACGGCGCCAGUUUGAAGAGCAGAAACAAAAGCUGAGACUCCUAAGCAGUGUGAAGCCAAAGACAGGUGAAAAAAGCAGGGAUGAUGCUUUGGAAGCCAUUAAAGGAAAUUUAGACGGUUUUUCUAGAGAUGCUAAAAUGCACCCAACACCAGCAUCACAUCCAAAAAAGCCAGAUCAUCCCAGAUCAUCCCAUUCUGCUGUAUCUGUUUCCCACUCUGCUUUUCUUGAUGAUGAAGAGUUUAGUGACUUUAUACAAGGGCCUGUUGAAACUCCCCAACUGGUGCCUCAACCCACCCCUCAGCCUUUUCAGCCUUUUCAUUCUGCCACUGAGGCUGGGCAGCUGCUUUCAGAAAAAGCUGUGGUCCAGCCUCUCCCUCCAGCCCAGGCUCCAGUGUUAUCCAUCCUGCAUGGUACAACUGGGCAGGUUCCUUAUCUUCCUGCCUCUGCAUCUUCACCCAAUACCCGUAAAACAGGCUCUUCCUUGGAGGAGAAAGUCUUAGAUAAUGGCUCACAUGAAUGUGAACAAGAGCAAACCAAACUUAAAGCAUCUGAAGUUGAGCACAAAGCCUCAGCUGCGAGCAAAGUGCAUCCCAGUCUACCCAUCACUGAUUGGGAUGUUGUAGGUGGACAUGACAGUGGUACCACUGCUGCAGAGGUGCACAAGGCUUCAGAACAAAACAUAGCAGUUGAAGAGUGUGGAGUUGGAGUGUUCCCUUCACAGGAUCCAAUUCAGCAAAUGAUGCCUCCUUGGAUUUACAAUGACAGCUUGGUGCCAGAGUUGUAUAAGAAAAUUUUAGAAACCACUUUGACUCCUACUGGAAUAGAUACAGCCAAGCUCUAUCCCAUACUGAUGUCGUCUGGAUUGCCCAGAGAGACCCUUGGGCAGAUUUGGGCCUUAGCCAACCGAACCACCCCUGGGAAGCUGACCAAGGAGGAGCUCUAUGCUGUGCUGGGAAUGAUAGCAGUGACUCAGAGAGGAAUACCUGCAGUGAGUCCUGAUGUGUUAAACCAGUUUCCAGCAGCCCCAGUCCCCACGUUGACUGGUUUUCCCAUGCCACUGCCUGCCAUGAGCCAGCAGCCCCUGUUGCCCCCGGCGCCACCCGGCUCCGUGCCCCUCAGCAUGGGGCCAGCCGUGGUGGGACUGAGCAUCCCGGCACCAGGGGGUGGAGCUGCCCCACAGCCCUCGGGAGGUUUCCUGCCCUCCUUCCCACCCGGCCAGGUAGUGAAACCAGAAGAUGAUGACUUCCAGGAGUUUCAAGAUGCUUCAAAGUCAGGCUCACUAGAUGACUCUUUCACUGAUUUCCAAGGGGAUGUAGCUGGCUCCUCCAAAGCAGCCAGUUCACAGCACCAGAGCAGUGUUCCUUCUUUACUAAUGCCACUCCCAGGUAAUAAGACACUCUCAUCAACUGAUAAGUAUGCUGUGUUUAAAGGAAUUGCAGCUGAGAAGCCUUCUGAAAGUACAGCUACUUUUGGAGAUUGUGGAGACAAGUACAGUGCGUUCCGUGAACUGGAACAACCACCAGAGAGCAAAUACCUAGGAGAUAACCUUGCAGAAUUCAAGCCUUCAGGAACCGAUGAUGGUUUCACAGAUUUUAAAACCGCUGACAGUAUCUCACCACUAGAGCCACCUACAAAAGACAAAACUUUCCCUACAUCCUUCCCUUCUGUGCCCAUUCAGUCCAAACAGCAAACACAAGCAAAAACCUCUUUGAAUCUGGCAGACUUGGAUCUCUUUACCUCCACUGGUGAAAACAAGCAGCCCUCCUUCCCACCUGCAUUUAAUACAUCAAAAUCGGGCUCCUUCCCUCCACCACCCCUUCCAUCUACCACUUCCCAACCAGCACCCAGCAAAAGUUCAAGCUUAGCUGAUGAGUUUGGAGAGUUCAACCUUUUUGGGGAAUUUUCUAAUAGUGCAUCAGCCAGUGGACAAGAUGACUUUGCAGAUUUUAUGGCUUUCAACAAUAGCAGCGGAUUUUCCGAACAAAAAGCAGAUGACAACUACAAUGCACUUAAGCUAGAGACCAGCCCUGUUCCUCAGCCUGGCUCAUCUGCCAGCACGGUGAAGAGUGGGCAGAGUUCUGCCACCACGGCUACACCCACCAAAUAUGAUAUCUUCAAACAGCUUUCUCUGGAAGGCUCUGGAGCAGGCUUUGAGGAGGGGAAGGACAACCCGCUUUCUUCAGUGAAGAGCGAUGACGAUUUUGCUGACUUUCACUCUAACAAGUUUUCUUCCACGUGCAACAGCGCCGAGAAGUCCCUAGUGGAUAAAGUGGCAGCUUUCAAGCAGGCCAAAGAAGAUUCUGCUUCGGUGAAGUCUCUGGAUCUCCCUUCUAUUGGUGGCAGCAGCGUCGGCAAGGAGGAUUCUGAAGACGCGUUGUCUGUUCAGUUUGACAUGAAACUGGCUGAUGUGGGAGGAGAUCUUAAGCAUGUCAUGUCUGAUAGCUCUUUGGAUUUGCCAACAGUUAGUGGCCAGCAUCCACCAGCAGCAGAUAUAGAUGACUUAAAAUGUGCCCCAUUUGGAAGCUGUAACAGUGGGUCUGCAGUCAGCAGCCUGGCAAGCUAUGACUGGUCUGACAAAGAAGACAUUCACCAGGGCAAGAAGCUUUCCUCCUUUGUCCAGUCUUCAGGAAGUGGAUCUUCUGCAGCUACCUCUGUUCUUCAGAAGAAGGAGACCUUGUUUGGCAGUUCAGAAAACAUUACCAUGACAACAGUUUCCAAAGUGACAACCUUUUCUAGUGAGGAUGCUUUACAGGAUGUUUCCUUUGCAGCCUUUGCAAACUUUAAAGACUCUGGACCAACAUCCAGUGGUCCAAGUGACGAUGACAUUGGAGACUUUGGUGAUUUUGCAAGACCUUCAUCAGAAGCCCAGGAUGCAGCAGCAGCAGCAGCGGACACAAACCCAGAGGCAGAUUUCCUUGCUGGUGGUAUCUCCUCUGAACUGCGAAGGGAGUCCACAGAUGACUUUGGAGAAUUCCAAAGUGAAAAGCCAAAAAUCAGCAAGUUUGACUUCUUGGUGGCCACUUCCCAAGGCAAGGUGAAAUCUAGUGAAGAAAUGAUCAAGAGUGAGCUGGCUACUUUUGACCUGUCUGUUCAAGGGUCUCAUAAAAGGAGCUUAAGCCUGGGUGACCGAGAAAUAAGCCGCUCUUCACCUUUGCCAGUUUUGGAACAGCCAUUUAGAGAUCGUUCAAAUACUCUAAGUGAGAAGCCUGCCUUGCCUGUCAUCAGAGACAAGUACAAAGACUUGACUGGGGAAGUUGAGGAAAGUGAGAGGUAUGCAUAUGAAUGGCAGAGAUGCUUGGAGAGUGCCCUGCAAGUCAUAAAGAAAGCAAAUGAUACCUUAAAUGGAAUAAGCAGUUCAUCCGUUUGCACUGAAGUUAUCCAGUCUGCUCAAGGCAUGGAAUACUUACUGGGGGUUGUUGAAGUCUACAGAGUAACAAAGAGGGUUGAACUGGGUAUCAAAGCAACCGCUGUUUGUAGCGAGAAACUCCAGCAGCUGCUGAAGGACAUUGAUAAAGUGUGGAACAACCUAAUAAGCUUCAUGUCACUUGCUGCUUUAACACCAGAUGAAAACUCACUGGAUUUCUCCUCUUGUAUGCUGCGUCCAGGGAUUAAAAAUGCCCAAGAUCUUGCCUGUGGAGUGUGCCUCCUCAAUGUGGAUUCAAGAAGUAAAAAAGAAGAGAAACCCGUGGAAGAGCUUCCUAGAAAAGCCUUUAAUUCAGAAACAGACAACUUCAAGCUGGCAUAUGGAGGGCACCAGUACCAUGCGAGCUGUGCAAAUUUCUGGAUCAACUGUGUGGAGCCAAAGCCUCCAGGUCUCAUUUUGCCAGAUCUGCUCUAAAAGCAGCAGCACUGAAAGUGGAGGAUGGGGUCUGAUAAUAACAGGACACUUGGGGUAAUGGUGUGGUGGGGUAAGUGGAAAGGCUUGAGGUGUGGUUAGUGUUUGAAAUGGUUUGUUUUGAUUUUGUAUCAUAACGGGUUAAAGCCACUGCCACAUGCAAAUCACUCGUGAAGAAUUUCACUUGACAUGGCUGGGGCUUCAGAACUAACCAGAAAAAAUGUCCUGUGGCAAAAAAUGCAGCAUUUCAGUCUUUCUCAAGAUGAAAGUGAGUCGGUCUUUGUAACAAACCACUCUGCUAACCACGAGCAUGAAUCUCUGGGAGAGGCCAGUACCAAGCUUCCAAGAAAAACUGAAACUGAGUUGGUUUGCAUAGAAGUGACCACUGAAAUACUUGAAGUACGUAUUUGCAAGCAUAUCAUUUCUUUAAUGUUUUUGCUAUGUGGACCAGGAUGUUUUUUUCUUUAAAUAUUUGCUGCUACACUAUUACAGUGCACAAGUCACAGUAACUUUCAAGGCAAAAUGAAUUAUUGCCUUAGAGUAAUGAGACUGCAAAAAGCUGUUGUAUAUUUAUGCUUCUACUGUUCUGUAUUGUAAUUUAUACUGUAUCUUGUGUAUAACUGGGUAGUACUGGGGGAUAAGGACUUGGAAAAUUGUUGAAAUUUUCCCUAUUGCAUCUGGGUUCUUUAGUAUAGGCAGCUGGGUUUUAAAACUUGUAGUCUCUGCUACUCGGUUGUAAAUACAGACAAACUGGACUGUUCCUGAGCUGCAGGUUUGUGGUGUUUCACCUGACCCUUUGGGAGUUGUGUGACUGUUGAGAACUGAACUCCAGUGAUGAAGCAUGUCUGCUCCUCCAUAGGUGUGUUAAUUUUUGGUACCUUAAUACCCUUUUCUGAUGCGAUGGUGUGUGACUUGUGCAGUCUGGUGCUCUCUGGAGUAGCGUGUUUCUGACUCAGAGCUGGCAGCACAAGGUGGCCCUGAGCUCCUGCUGCAGGCAGGGGUGAUUUAACAAGGAAAGCAGGUUAUUUUUUGGAGCAGGGUGUUGCACACCCCCUGUUUGGUUGGUUCUGACAGGUACAGCUACCUGGAUCGAAGGAGGUUAGUGUAAUAGACUGUCCCAAAAUGUUACAGCUAUAUCUAAAGUACCUGAUUCUCUCUUCAGAUGCAACAUCCAGAUGGCAGUGCAAUCAGCUUUAGUGCUGGUUACAGGAUUUUAAACCUUCAUGGCACUAUUGUAAGAGCCUUGCCCCUAUACAGUCUUAGUCUGCAGUGAAUGAAGUGGGGUGUCUACCUAUCAGGUACAACUUGCUUCUUAACUCUGGCUUAAGUAUCUCUAGAUCUCCUUUCUCUCCAAAGAUAUCAACAGCUUUUCCAAGUUUCUUUUGCCUCCAUUACAAGUAGCUGACACUGAUGAGUGGUUAUUUGCUGAAACUGAAAUUACAGUGAGGAAAAAUGAUGAUUCAUAUUGAAAAAAAGAAAAAAAAAAAAAGCUUAGUUAUACUAAACUAUUAAUGAUACCAAAUGAAACACUCUUGGCUAGCAGGAGUGCUAGGUGUCUGGCCCCUGAUUUAGACAAAUUAAUAUAAACCUUCCUGCUGCCUGCAAUUAGCUCCUUCAUAAAAUAAGCAACUUGUGCCUCCAGUCACAAGCUCAAGCUAAUCAAGUGGCAGAUUUUCAAUAGUGUGACAGUGACUGCCUGCCUUCCCUUGCCCAGUAAUUAUCAAAAAGAAGGGCAGUUCACUCAUUGCUUGCUCUCUAAUUCUUUUAUUAGGUGUGAAAUAAUUACAGCAGUCAGCACCGUGCUGUUUGACCACAGACAUUGUUUUCCAUGGUAAUUAGGGGCUGUUUUAUCCUUCCCCCAUGCAGGUAUUCCCAGGGGUGUCUGGGGUCUGCAGGGCACAGGGAGCCAGUGCUUGUUUUUGCAUCCUGAAAUCCAGAAGCACUUGAGCAUUGUCUGACUUGAAGCAAUGGCCUCACGUGGCUGCUAUCGAGGGGACUUCUCAAGUGGUUUGGAGUAGCUGGCUGACACAAGGGCUGUUGCUCCUGAAAUGCUAUAUUGGGAAAAGGCAGUUUAUUGUUAGCCUGGGUUUCCACCACAGCCCCUGAACACUUUGCUAGAGAGGAUUUAUGUUUUUUUUUUCCCUAGUUAAAAGAGAAUGCCACAAGUAAGAGGCCACAGUGUGAAACUUAAAGCAACCAGCAUUUCAAAUGCAGUACCAGGUUGUUGUAAAAGCAUUUUUCAGUGAUGUUUGUCUUGCUAAGCAAGUGAGUUCCCUCUCUGCAGUGCAGCCAGUGUGGCUUUUGGCCUAUAAAAACAAGGGAUCAACAUUUACAGUGAUAAUUGCAGCAGAGCUCACUGAAGUCUGACUGCUUCUUGCUUGCUCCUUCCAGCAGGGAAAGCAGCAGGCCUUGGUGGCCAGCAGAAGGUGUUCUGAACCCAACACCUUCACAUCAGGGGAAAUCACCCAGUGUUUUGCACAUAGAUACCCUCGAUAAAGGGAUUGCACAACGAGGAUCAUCUCACUCACAUAUCCCAGUCAUUAAAAUGACUCACUCUUGCAUUCAGCAGCAUCUCAGAGAUUACAUUGCCAGCCCAAGCCCAGUGUCCUUGAAAUCUGUAUCCAAGGUUACAAUAUUUUCUACAGUGCAUUGUCACAGACCACGUUUCCCUGCUUCCUUUGCAUACAGGCUAAUACGGACGUGCUGCCUUUUGCUUUGGUUGUGAUUAAUUCCUUUUCCUGCAUGUGUCAUGUUGCUAGAAAAAAGUGAGGAACAUAGUUUUUUUUAUUUAAUGGACGUUUUCUCUGGAUUUGUUCCAAGAUUACCCAUGGAAAGUGGUUUUUCUAUAUAUUUGUGUAUAUCUGGAAUUUUAAGAGAUUAUUCACUGGGUUAUUUAAUGUAUAUAUCCCUUUGCUCCAUUGUAUUCCUGAUGCUCUUGUGCUGUCUUUGUGUGUUGCAGUUUUCCUGUGGUGGUAGGAAGGCUGGGGAGCAAUUGGGCAUCUCCAACCUGUUCUCUUGCCCACCCCUUGCCAUGGUUUGGUUUGAGAAUCCCCCCAAACUUGCUGACCCAGGUUGGCUUGGAGGGUUAUUUGUGGCAUGGGAAUUGUUCACGUUCUGCACUUGACCAUUCCACUGACUUUUCCUGUCUGGCAGCAGCUUCUCUUCACCUGGGUUUGUUUUGAGCAGCUCCUUCCCUGAAAUUCAUGCAGUAUAUACGAAGUGAUAGUGACCUUCAGCCUAAGGUUGAGAAGAAGCUCAUGCAAGCCCAAGGAGUGCUCCAGUUUCUAGGUAGCUCCAUGUCAGACUAAUUGAAACAAAAACCACCUUUUCAGUAAAAGCUGCUGUUGCAUUAACUACUUUCUCUGAAAUAUUUGUUUUCUCUGGAUCUGUGUUUAAUUCCAACUCUCAGUCUGAAAACAUAAAUGUCAUAAUUUUAUGAAGAAAAGUGGUCAGAAAACUUCUCUCUAUAUUGUGAUUCUUUAUUCUGCCCUCUGGGCAAACAUGAUUUCUCUUCUGGAAGUGGUUUUGCGAUGAGUAGUUGGAGCUGUUUCAUUUUGUGCUAUCCUGGAGUCCCUGCUGGUAUUUUAAAUCCAGUGAGAAUAAGUGUUAUUAAUUGACUUUAGUACAUUGUUGACUCCCUUAAUUCUUGCAGUGAUUUAUAAAUCCUUUGUCGAGAUUCAAACCUUGUAUUCAAUAAAGAGCUCAUUUCAUAUCUGA